CAGCACAGCGCUCCAGUCGCUCUAACCGGGUUUCGGUCUUUAGGGCUGAGCAGGAAGUGCCUGACUGUGGACCCUGGACGAGAAAAAAAAGCAAAGGGAAGAAAAAAGGCUAAAUAAAUUAAAAAUGGAUAUGGUGGCGGACCUGGGGGCGAGUAGACUCUAUCGGGCGCCGGGUGAAUCAAGUCACCAGCAGCCUCAGAGAUGGUUCAACACUGCUGACAUCACAGUGGCUCACCAAAGCAACCUACUGAAGCAGCUGAACCAGCAGCGGCGCCAGGAGCUUUUCUGUGACUGCAGCGUGCUGGUGGAGGGCCAGCUCUUCAGGGCCCACCGCAACGUCUUGUUCGCCAGCAGCGGCUACUUCCGCAUGCUGCUGUCCCAGCAGGGGCCUGAUGGGUUGUCCGACUCUGUCAACGCUACCUUCGACGUCUUCAGUCCCGAGACCUUCACAGUCAUCCUGGAUUUCAUCUACUCUGGUCAGCUUGACCUCUCCAGUCACAAUGUGAUUGAGGUGAUGUCCGCAGCCAGCUACUUGCAGAUGAACAAUGUCAUCAACUACUGCAAGAACUUCAUCAAAUCCUCCUUGGACAUCAGUGUCAAGGAUGAAGACAGUGAUCGCUGCCUCAGCUUGUCUGAGACGUGCAGUUUCACCAGUGGAGCAGGAGAGGAAACCUCAGAGCAGCAACAGCAAGGCUCUGUCAGCCCACCGCCGGCGCUCUGGACCCGGGAUAACUCCAGAUCCCAGUCCAGCUUUAUUGGGAAGGACUCAGACCAGGAAGCAUCAGCCUCAGCCAUGAAGACUAACCCAAGCAGUCCUGCCGCUGAGCUCAAAAUAGAGACGGAGGACCUGCAAGACCCUCAGGAUCCUCUAUACACCUUGCCAGGGUCAGAGCGCCGGCGAGUAAGAGGGGGAAGCAAGAGGAGAGCAACCAACAGCACUCGCACCAACCAGCAUGAAGACUUGGACAUCCAGGAGGCGAGGACACAAAAGGCUGAAAAAGCAGAGGAGCUGUAUGCUACUCUGCCACCUAUUGUGGGUGUUAUUGGACACUUUAACAAAGGUUCCAACCCUAUAAUGCGCUUCAAAUGCCCUUUUUGUACACACACGGUGAAGAGGAAGGCAGACCUGAAGCGUCACUUGCGCUGUCACACCGGGGAGAGGCCGUACCCCUGUCAGGCCUGCAAUAAACGCUUCACUCGCCUGGAGCAUCUUCGUAGCCAUUUUGAGACGAUCCACCAAGCAAGGAAGCUGGUGUGCAGGAAGUGUAAGUGUCAGGUGACGGAGGACACUGGGCAUGUGGUGUGUGAGGGCACACGACGCUACCGCAUGUGCACCGCAUGCAUCCAAGAAGUGGGUUGCGACGACAUUCCCAUGGACAGUCUAGAGGGGACCAAUGAGGAGCCGGCCCUGUUAUUGGGGGUGGAUGGGGAAGAGGAGGGGGACUCCAAGAGGAGCUGGAUGGUAACCGAUGACGACGACCUGGCUGAAGACUCGGGGGCCGACCUCAUUAUCCAGCAAGUGGACGACAGUGACGAGGAGCUGCAGUGAAAAAGAACCAAAGCGUGUGUGUGUUGAAGCCAUGCAAGAGAAUUUAUGCAUAAAAUAUGUGAUCCAGUGAUGUAAAUACACACAUUUAUUAUAUAUUACUUGUCUACUAGUCAAAUCAAGCUGGUUAAUCUUUACAUCUUUACUUUCAAUGAGAAUGUGGACUUUGUGAUAAAAUGGAAUGAUUUGUUAAGCUUCAUAAAGAUAUGCAGUAUCCAAAGCAUGCAUAUUCAGUGUUUGCUUUCCUCCAUUUAUAGUUAUAUGAUAACUCUUUCAAAGAUAUGUUUUUUUUUAUAUGCAUGGAAGAACAGCUUUGCUACUUUUCGGGACUCUGCUGGCAUUUCAAAACAAAGUGACGAGGACAGAAAUAAUAUAACUGCUAAAGUCAAGAGCAGACCUUUUUUUUCAAUGUCUCACAAUUGCAGUGCUUUUUAUGAUUAUGAUAUGCACUAUGAUAUGAAGCCAAUUAUAAUUUAUUUGUUCGUUGUUUGUUUUUUUAAACUUUUGGACACAUUAAAGAUAUUUUUAUACAUCUUUGUUUGUCUCUCUUACCCCCCGUGUCUUUUUCAGUGUAAACUGAAAGUACAAUCAUAUCUUAUAAAAGGAAAUUAUAUUGAGGGCAUUAAUACAUUGAAUUGAA